UCUCCUAACAUCUUUAGGAAUUAUUGCGGAUUAUGUGAUCGGCCAUUCCGCUGGUGAACUCGGUUGCGCGUACGCUGAUAAAUGUCUUACCAUGGAACAAACUAUACUAUCAGCCUAUUUUAUUGGUGUGGCGUGUACAGAUAAAAAAAUAAUUCGUUGCUCUAUGGCAGUCAUCAAUCUUGAUUAUGAAUAUCUGAAAAAUAUAUGUCCCACGGAUAUUGACAUAAUAUGUCGUAAUAAUCCAUACAAUAAUGUUGUGAGCGGACCCGCAAAAUCAAUUCAAAAAUUCAUAACAAGCCUACGGAAUAAUAAUAUCAAAGUGAAGGAAAUCUGUUGUAAUAUACCGUAUCAUAGUCCCUACAUUUCUUCCGUGCAAACUCAGCUGUUGCUUAAACUGAACAAAAUAAUACCGCAGCCGAAGCAACGAAGCUCAAAAUGGAUUAGUACUUCUAUACAUCGCACCGAUUGGUCCACCUCAGCAUCAAAAUUAUCGUCGGCGGAAUAUCAUACGAAUAGUAUAUUAAGUACUGUCCUUUUUGAACAAGCAACGCAUCUAAUUCAAAAUAACGCUAUUACUAUUGAAAUUGGACCCGACAGCAUUCUGCAGGACAUUUUAAAUGAGGUUUUACAUGCAGAAGUAACAAAUAUCAUGUUAACACAACACACUAGACAAGAUACAGAGGUAAUUCUACGAGGAAUUGGGAAACUCUAUAACUGUGGCUUGCAGCCACAAAUUGCUAAUUUAUAUCCGCCAGUGGAAUUUCCAGUUAGUAGAGGAACUCCUAUGAUCUCUCCGUUGAUCAGGUAUGUAGUGUUACUAUCACUAUGAUGUUUAUUUAAAAUUCUGUUUAUGUAA